GCUCGGGACCAGUAGAUGGCAACCACCCAUUGCAGUGCCAAAGAUUCUCUCCUUACAACAGCAUCUGCUCACAUUUCCACAAUGAGGGAAAGGAAGACAACAGAUCCACUUCAUUCGUCCACAGAUCUGAGUGAAGGGAAGGAGAAGUUAAGACUGAAACAAGAGGUCGGCCUGAUUAGCAGCGUGUCAUUAAUUGCAGGCACCAUGAUAGGCUCGGGGAUCUUUAUGUCCCCUGAGUGGGUACUACAUCACAUGGGGAACCCUGCCAGCAGCCUGCUGAUCUGGGCAGCAUGUGGUCUCCUGGCCAUGUUUGGAGCCUUGUCGUACGCUGAGCUUGGAACAAUAAUUAAAGAGUCUGGAGGAGAAUAUAUUUACAUUUUGAGGAUUUUUGGUUCCUUUCCUGCUUUCCUUUUCGCCUACACUUCUGUCAUCCUGGUGAGACCAGCUGGUUUGGCAGCUGUCUGUCUGAGCUUUGCUGAAUAUGCCAUUGCGCCGUUCUACCCAGGAUGCUCAUCUCCGCAGGUUGCCGUCAAAUGUACAGCUGCUGCCUGCAUCCUGAUCUUAACUAUCAUCAACUGUCUCAACGUGAGGCUGGCAACAUCUGUUAUGAACAUUUUUACAGCUGCCAAACUCUUGGCUUUGUUGGUGAUUGUGGUGGGUGGAUUGGUGCUGCUUGCCAAGGGACAAACUCAGAGUUUUCAGAAUGGUUUUCAAGGCACGACUUCAGGUAUUGGGGCAAUUGGAGUGGCAUUUUACCAGGGACUCUGGUCCUAUGAUGGAUGGAACAACCUAAAUUAUGUAACUGAGGAACUGAAGAAGCCUGAGGUGACCCUCCCCAGAGCUCUGAUGAUCGCCAUUCCUUUGGUUACGUGCCUGUAUUUGCUGGUAAACGUGAGCUACUUGGCAGCCAUGACUCCCUCUGAGCUGCUGUCUUCAGGAGCUGUGGCUGUCACCUGGGGGGACAAAGUCCUGGGCAGCUGGGCAUGGCUCAUCUCCCUGUCAGUGGCCCUGUCUACGUUUGGUUCAUCGAAUGGCACGUUCUUCAGUGGAGGCCGUGUGUGCUACAUUGCUGCCAGGGAGGGACAUAUGCCAGACAUUCUGUCCAUGGCUCACGUGCGAUGCCUCAUGCCCUCCCCUGCUCUACUGUUUACGUCUGCAAUGUCUUUAAUAAUGAUAAUAUCAGGAAGCUUUACCAGUAUCGUGAACUUUUUCAGUUUUGUGGCAUGGCUUUUCUAUGGAAUGACUAUUUCUGGGCUCCUGUAUUUAAAAAUCAAGAAACCAGAACUGCCAAGAUCUUACAAGGUCCCAAUUAUCAUCCCCAUAAUUGUGCUGGUGGCAGCUGUGUACCUGGUGUUAGCUCCCAUCAUUGACCAACCCCAAAUAGAGAUCCUCUACAUCGUCCUGUUCAUCUUCAGUGGCAUCAUUUUUUAUUUCCCACUGGUUCGCUUUAAGUACCACCCUCGCUUCUUACAGAGAGCCACUUUACACCUCCAGUUGUUGCUGGAAGUUGCUCCAACUACCAAGGAUGCAAAUUGAGAUAACAUCCUCCCUUCACAUGGCUGGCUACACUUCAUGGUUUAUCCCAGUGCCUGCAUUUUCAAGGCUCAGAAAAUAUUCUUCUGUAAAGAGCAAUGACACGAUUGCGAUGACAUGCGAGUGACACUAAGUGUCCAUGUGAGAUAGACUACAGCUAUGACUCCUCAUGUUUCCCUAAAAUUCUGGGGACAUGUUUUUCUCCUUUUCAGGUCUGCCUUGGCAUUACAUAUAGAUUCCAAAGCAAUAUGUGCUUUUGUAUUUUUCAUCCCAAAAAGGGCUGUUUCUCAGGAUCUUAUCUCAUAUUUCAAGAUAAAAAGCAUCAAAAGAUAGACAAUGAAAUAUUUUUCCUAUAGCAGGCUGGAUGCCAAAGCCAUUCCUGGCAAUGCCUUUAAUUAUUUACACCUAGUUCUGCUCACUGUGACUGCAGAGCUUCUCAAAUCAAUAAAGGAAGGGCUCUCCACAGCCACAAGAAAUAAACUCUUUUUCACUCACAUAUUCACUCUGGGAAGAUUAUGCUUCUUCCAACUCCAAGUGUACAGUGACAACAGUCCUUUCUCUGUCUCAGAAAUCAACCCACAUCUCCCACAGCAAGCCCUCUUACAUGAGACAAGAAGUGCUUUAAAGCUCUGUCAGUUUCCUUAGUUGAGAAUGUGAUUGUUUUUUGGGAUCCAUCCAUUCAUGAUGUGGACACAAGCAGCAUCACUUGAGUACCAACAUUCACCCAUGUGCUUCCUGUGAUCCCCCCGAAGACAAAUAACUUCUUUUGUGACAAAAUGAGGAAAAAACAAAACAACUAAAACCCUAGAGCAUAUGUGCCAGCAAGAUACUCUGACUAGGAAAUAAAGUAACCACAUACUGGGCUACAUUAGGAGAAGUGUGGCCAGCAGAGCAAGGGAACAGUCUGUCUCUUUGGACUCAACACCUGAAAUCAUGCAUCCAUGCUGUUCAAGGGUAGAGUUGUGAAGACCACCUUCUUUGUAAUGGAAACUCAAGAGCAAUGGUUACAAGCUGUGGCUUGAGGUGUUCAGGCUGGAUUUAGAAGACAUGUGCCCCAUGAGGGCAGUGCAGCCUUGAAGCAGUGUGCAGAAAGGUGGUGAGAUCUCAGUUCUUACCUUUCCUACCACAGCCAUUUCCAUCAAUUUUUGUGAUUCUAAAAUCAUAGCACAAAAGUCACAGGCUGUGUUCUCACCCACACUGAAGUCACUGUUGUUUCCCAUUACCCUGAGGUGCAACUGGUUUUUUCCUGCUCUAGGGGAAGGAGAGGUACUAGAAACUGUUUUCUUCACAUUUUUCCAGCUGGUUCCAGGAUGGUACCUGUCCUGUCAGAGACUAAAAGGGUGUAGGAGUUAUUCCCUAAAAUGCCUUGUUAAAGUACUGGAAGUUAACUUUCUGUCAGCAUUCUUCUAUAGAACCUGCUACAAUCCUGCUACCUUUUACCUAACUUGCUGUGAUCCUAGAACACAGGUCACUUGAUCCUCCCUCUUCCAGCCCAUCUCAGAGCUGUGUAUCUGAUUACAAUCUCAUUCUGCAAUGUCACCCCUUCUGUUCCUCUGAGUGGUGAUGUGAGCAGCUACAGGGAUGUGCCAACAGUCUGUUGUUUCUAAGUGUUAGGUAUGAUAAUGGAUAGCCCAGAUGCCACUCAUCCAAAUCCUUAGCUUAAAUAGUAUUUAGGAGGAUUUCCUUCCACUGAUUUUUAGUGGACUUGCCAGCAAAGGCCAAUGAGGGAACAAUUUUUCCUUCUGAAUCUCCUGACAACUUAAAAUUCUUGGGACACAACUCUUAAAGGAGAGGAUGUUCUUAAAAGGACUGAUGCAGUUAGGAGUUCUAGAUUACCUUCCUCACUGCCCCAGGCUCUUCAUCUGAUGUCAGGAAAACUUAAAGAAGCUGCAUCUCAGCUACUUACCUAAAAAUUACAAUAAUACAAUUUCUCUGAUUAUAAUUUUUUUUAAACAAUCUUUUUUCUACCUAUUUAUGAAGCCUGUCACAUGGGGCUGUGCUCUUAUAAAGAACAUGAAAAGACAUAGCACUUUGAAUAAAUGGCCGUUAUGUGUUACUGGUUUGUGUAUGGAUAUAAGGGAACUGAAAAGCUGCAAUUAUCAUACUUUGCACCAAUUUAAUUUUCUAUAGAUAUUAUUGUAACAAGAUGUUCUUUUUUUUAUUUAUUUUGCCUAGGAUUUGCAGGUGUUUGUAAUGCCAAAACAAGAUGCUGAAAGCUCAGAGAAUUGCAAGAUAAUUACAAUAAAAUGGGCAUUACAAUAAAGUGAGUUAAUGUGUCUGUUUCUGUUUUUCAUCCAAGAAAAACAAUUCUGUAGAAAUUUUACUGCAUGAUCAUAAAUAAUCAGCAUCAGGCUUAUCUCUCCUUGGUCAGAAGGUUUAACAACAUGUGUGGGUGUUUAUAUGUGUGUACAUUCAUUUUUCAAAAUGAUUGCUUAUCUCUUCAGCCCCAGGAUAUGUAAAUUGGAAUCUCUUUUUCCUUCAUGAGACAUUUACAAUAGAAGUGCCAGGAAGAGGCAACACAUCCUUACCAUUCAUUCCUGCGGCCCAGUGACAAUGUGACAGUGUUCAGAGUUCUGUACCUGCAGUUUGUACAGGUUAUACUACAAGAUCUUAUUGGUCCUGUCUUUCCAAAGAUCCAGAUCCCUGUGACCUCUGCUUAGACCCUUUCUUCACAGGCUCAAAGGAAAAAUGGACUAUCAGCCUUGACCUCAAGAUAACUGUAAGAUCUCUACUUCACCUCAAGACCCUGAGUAUAAUUGAGUCCCAUCCUUCAGCUGUCAACCUGCAACUACCAGUUGGGAGUUUUACCUUGGUGCACAAAGCUGAAUGUGUUAUGGACUUUUUCCUGACUUCCUCAGAAGCAUCAGAGAUGGAUUACACUUGGGGACAGUAAAGGACAGUCCAGUGUGUGUGAGAACACAGAAAAUCCUUCUUUGGUGAUUUUCUAGUCAGGCAUGCUCAUAUGCCCGAAUUCAAGUGAUUGCCAUAAUUUGUGGUUGAGGACAAAUUUACAAUUGGGUGGGACAGAGCAGAAUUCAUGAUUACUUUAAUUUUUCUCUGUUCAAGAAACACAGUUCGCCCACUUGGACUGACUGGAUUUAUCUGAACAGUUCUCAGCCAGUGCACAGGGUUUGUUGUUUAGUCUCUCCUGCUCUUUGUUGGGACAUAGAGAAUAAAAAAGACCUCACUGGACUCUCUCAGCAAUGUUAACUUGCUCUUCAGGUCAUCACGCUUAGGGGAUCUUCUCUCUUCAGAGAUUGAAUAAAUACAGUCAGCUCUGGGAAUCACAGACCAUUCCAGUGUGGGUUGGAACUCCCCUCUGGAGGUCUCCAGUCCAAUUUCCUUCUUGAAGCAGGACUAUUAUCAUGUAAAGUAGGUUACAUGUGCCUCUGUCUCUUCAUGUCUUGGAAAACACUGAGGAUGGAGAGCCCACCAUCUCUCUGCACUGCUCUCUGAAUAAAGAAAUUUUCCUGAAGUUGAAUCUGAACAUCUCAAGCUGCAGUUUGUGGCUGUUGCCUUUCCCUGUAUCAUCUUCUGCUGCCAAAGUGGUUCCAUCCAUUUUGUAACUCUCUUUCAUGGGCCUGUAGGUUGCUGUUAUGUUGCCUCUUUUUCUUUUUAUCAGACUCAACAAGCCCGACUCAAGAAAUUUCUUCUUGUAGGCAAAGUGCUCUGGACUUGUGCUUGGGAGCUCUGCUGAACUUUCUGCAGUUCCUCUGCUUUCCUUUUGAACUGGGAAGGGGCCAGAAAAUUGAAUGCAAAAUUCCAAGUGUGCCGUCACAGGUGUCAAGUCUAGAAACACUGACAUCCCUUGGUCUGCUUAGGUACCAUUCAUAAUGCAGGCCACUAUGUGUAACCCUUUCAGUCAGUCACUUCAGUCAGUCAGAGAGCUUCAGCUGACACUGUUGAAGGCAAUGGCAAACCCUUACCUUGUACAGUUUGUGCCCUUAUUAGAGACUUUGUCUAGGCUGUGAUAAAUCCAGCAGCAGGAUGACUCAGUCGAGCAGUGCAGGGGGAUCUACAUCUUGCACUUUACCAUUUAUUGAUUAGUUAGUUGGAUAAAGUCAGGGUCUUUGUGUAUGUGACUCAUUCCUCAUGAAGGAGUGCUUGUGCUAAAAAAGGAUGCACACCCACGGUCAUACAAUAAAUGGGUGGUCUUAGGCUUGUGAACUACCAGUGAGAUUAAUGGCUAGUGAAACAGCCCAUCUGUUUUUAAAAUCAUGCUACCAUGGCAUGUUUGUCCUCAGACACAUUGAACCCUAUGGUUUGAGUGUCUGGCAGAUAAAUGAUCAUCUCUUCCUUCUAAAGUCUGGUCAUCAAUUGUUA